AUGUAUAAACAUCCUAACUCCAUGAUAGUAGUGCUCUUAGAAGCACAAGGAUGUGACGAGAUAAAGUUAAUAGAAGAACAGUACCGAAAUAUCCUAAAAUUAAAAGCGCGCAAUAGCGUAUCGAGUAAUGAAAAAAUAGCUAGUAUAAGUAAUCACAGUCAUAUGAAUUCUUCUCCAAAUAAUAGUAAUAGUAAUAAGCACAUCGUAGAAAAUGAAGAAAUAAGUAGUAACGAUUUAAUGAAUAUAAAAUUUAGUCAAAGUGGACCACAUAAGAGACAUCAUGAUUUUUACAAUAACAAAAAUUCCUUUCAGCAUUACUUGAAAAAAUUAAAAACAUGUAGAAUUGACUCCGAUGAUUUGAGAAGGACACUUUUAGAAAAACGUAUUGCUUAUGAUCGUGAAAAUCAAAUUAUUAAAACGAUUCAAGAUGAUGAAAAGAAAGGGAUGGGUAUGGGUAGUGAAUCAAAUUCUUCUUCAUCAAAUCAUGAAGGCUUACACUUAUAUAGAAAACUUAAUUUUCUUAAUAAAAAUAAUAGAAGCAAGUCAAAAAAUAAAAAUAGAAAAAGAAAAAGAAUUAAUGCAAAAUUUGAUAAAAAAUUUAUUCUAAAAUGUAGAACGUGUAAAUUUAUUAACCCUAAUGGAUUUAAUAUGGGUGAUUAUUACACUUGUCAAAAUUGUGGAUAUAACGAUUUUUCCGUUAUCAGAUCGAGUUCACCCAAUAACGGGGAGUAG